AUGUCGAACGUACCUCAUCCUGACGAGCUCGAGCCUGAGCACACCGAAGGCUUCAAGGUGGGCGAGAAGAAGACGUUGGAAGAGUAUCAGCAACUAGACCAGAACGACGAGUCUUUGAGGAAGUGGAAAGAGUCACUCGGCAUUGGCUCGGGCAACACCAUCGGCGACCCAAACGAUCCCAGGAAAUGUAUCAUCCUCUCCCUAGGUCUGGAAGUUGAAGGCAGGUCCGACAUCAUUAUUGAUCUCAGCAGGCCUGGCUCUCUUGAGGACCUGAACAAGCAUCCAUUCACCAUCAAGGAGGGUGCGAGCUUCCGUAUGAAGGCUCGCUUCAAGGUCCAGCACCAGAUCCUGAGCGGCAUGAAAUAUGUCCAGGUUGUUAGCCGCAUGGGAGUCAAGAACAAGAUGCAGGAGAUGAUCGGUUCUUACUCGCCAAACACAACCGACAAGCCUGAGUACGAGAAGAAGUUCGAGUCCGAGACAGCACCAUCAGGCAUGAUCGGCCGUGGCCACUAUGAGGCUGUCUCCAAGUUUGUGGACGAUGAUACCCAGACCCACUUGCAAUUCAAGUGGUCCUUUGACAUCAAGAAGGACUGGAAGUGA